GGCCUGGCUGUGCUGGUCCUGUUCUGCGUGCUGAACGAGGAGGUGCGGGAGGCCUGGAAGCUGGCCUGCCUUGGCAAGAAGGGGCAGAGCGAGGAGGCCACGAGGAGCACACAGGGCCCCAACGCCUACAACAACACGGCGCUGUUUGAGGAGAGCGGGCUCAUCCGCAUCACCCUGGGCGCCUCCACCAUCUCGUCGGUGAGCAGCGUGCGCUCUGCCCGCACCCACUCCAGCCAGCGGCCUUAUCUCAGAGACAACGUGACGGCACGUCAGGGCUCAUCCCUAGAUCACAGCCUGCUGGCUCACGCCGGCCCCACGGACAUCGACGUGGCCAUGUUCCACCGCGAUGCUGGGGGAGACUCAGACUCGGACAGUGACCUGUCUCUGGAUGAAGAGCGCAGCCUCUCCAUCCCGUCCUCAGAGAGCGAGGAGAACGUGCGCCUGCGGGGCCGCUUCCAGCGCCAGUUCAAGCAGGCAGCACACAGCGAACGCCUCCUCACUAACCCCACCAACACCACUCCCAAAGACGUGGAUGGCAAUGACCUCAUGUCGUACUGGCCGGCGCUGGGCGAGUGUGAGGUUCACCCCUGCUCCCUGCAGAAGUGGGGCUCCGAGCGGAAGCUGGGGUUCGACAUCAACAAGGACGCAGCCAACAAUAAUCAGCCAGACCUGGCCUUGACCAGUGGGGAUGAGAACUCCCUCACCCAGACCCAACGGCAAAGAAAAGGGAUUUUGAAGAACCGCCUCCAGUAUCCUCCAACUCUCCAAGGCCUGCCAUCCGUUGGCAGGAUGACCAACGAGCUGACAUGGUACAAGACUUCCACACUGGGUCACAGGGCUGUCCCCGCCGCCUCCUAUGGCAGGAUCUACUCUGGGGCGGGCAGGCUGUCACAGCCAGUCCAGCCG